AUGGCCCAAACGCGUAAUGCCAUCAUCAAGCUCAAAGACGCAAUCAAAGACCUCGAGACCAUCACAAGCCAGGACCCGGAGAUGUACUACACCACCCGAUGGCCUGGGAUUUACAUCGCAGAAAACUUCGCAGACAUCCCCGGCCAUACCUCGAUAGUCGUGAAGCGCCCAGACGCCCUUGAACACACGACGGGCUUCAGCUACUUACAGAGCCGCAUUCGCAUACACUGUGUGCUCCUGGUCGAAGCAGUACUGUCGGAUGGCAUUGAGAUUCUCUAUAAGCCGGCCGAUGGUCCUGGAGUUCGGACCCAAUUAAGCUCAUUCACCGAGCGAGAUCAAGACCUCAUGGACGACGUAGCAUCGAGGGAGUCCACUCAGCGUCAAGAGCUCCAAGGUCUGGAUGAUGCUAAGGAAGGCACGAAACCAUCGUCGCGAGCAACCGGUAGCGAGGCCAGUGGAGAUGCUGCCAACGCUGAGGACAGCAUUGAGCCUACAGGAACACACCGUGCGACCUUCCUCUGCUGCCGCCAAGACGCAGGAAAGUACGAAUACCUCAUUGUAGACGACACCAAAGUCUACCACUCACGAUGGCCGCGGUUUAGAGGUGGACCGAAGGAACCACACUGGCCGUUGAAGUUGAACGAACAUUGUGAGUGGGCCCAACACCCUAGAACCUAUUAUCUGAGCUAA